GCGCGCGCAGCCCAGCCUCCUCCUCCGAGGUGCCCCGUCGUCGGCGGGCAGCUCCCCUCCCAUCCCGCCCGCCUCCCCUGAGCGACAGCUCCAUGUGCGGCCGGCUAUAAAUAGCGGGGUCGCGGCCCCUCCUGGGUGAUUGAUUGACGGCUGCCGACGCCGCUCGCUGUCCCGCAGCCGAGGAAGAGCUGCGCUCCGGGACUCUGCGCUCUGCCGCCCCAGCUCCCCGCUCGCCGGCCGGGCCAGGAGACCCCCGCGCCGCUCCUCUGCGUGGUGGCGGCGGCGGGGCAGAUGGGCUCGCGGCGGAGGCCCCUGGGCCGCUCCUACUCGGGCACCGGCCGGUACUCGGCGUACAGCCCCGGGCAGAGCAGCGACGGCGAGGACAACAACGGCCCCCUCGUGGAGAGCCGGCCGGAAAGGCGCAGCUAUCUGCUCAGCGUGCGCCCGGAGAACAGCUUACCAACCAACCGAUUAUCUCCCUCCAACUUUGGAAGGAGCACCUUCUGCACAAUUAUUGCCCAGCUGACAGAGGAGACCCAGCCCCUUUUUGAAACCACCCUCCGCUCGUAUGCUGUGUCUGAGGACGCAGACGCCAAGUUUACGUGCAUCGUGACAGGCUAUCCACAACCAGAAGUGACCUGGUACAAAGAUGAUGAAGAGAUGGACAGAUACUGUGGCUUGCCAAAGUAUGAGAUCUUCCGUCAUGGGAACCGACACACACUGCAGUUGUACAGGUGCAGAGAGGAAGACGCGGCCAUUUACCAGGCUUCUGCGAGAAACAGCAAGGGCAUCGUGUCCUGCUCGGGGGUCUUGGAGGUCGGAACCAUGACAGAGUAUAAAAUUCAUCAGAGAUGGUUUGCCAAGCUCAAGCGGAAGGCCGAAGCCAAGUUGCGGGAGAUAGAGCAGAGCCGGAAGCGAGGGAAGGAGAACAUGGAGAUGGAGCAGCUGAGGAGAGUGAGCCCAGACAGGUUCCAGCGGAAGCGCCGGCUGACGGGAGAGGUUGGCAUGCGCUCUGGGGCCUCCCUCUGGGACAAGGAGGAGGUGGCCAAGGUGCAUAUUCCAGAUGGGAAACCAAGGUUUAGUGAAGACGAUCGAGCCAAGGGCAAAGGGCCUCCUAUCCAUGCAGCAACCCUCUUCUCAAAUAACUUUAUAACUGGACGUCUGGAAGCAGAAGUGAGCACCAACGGGGACUCUUCUCUGGAGAGCGGGGAGGAGAACGGGGAAGAAAACACCAAUGGCUUCCUCACGUAUAUCUAUGAGACGGUGGAGAGUAUUAAAAACAAGCCUGUAACCAAGGAGUUUUCUGCUAAAAAGAAGAAGAAAGAGGAGGAGACUACUGCCCUUCCGAAUGCAAACCAGGACAUUUUCCAGCGAGAGGGUGGGACACAACAGAGGAGAAAUACUGUAACCCAGAGAGAUGUUCGGCCUUCUGAGAACACACCUUCACUAGCAACCAAUGGGGAGCAGAUGGAAGCAGAGUCCAAAGACCUCCCAAGCUGGGUUACCGAAAAGCAUACGCCUCUGCCCUAUUCCACGCCUUCCAAUGCAGAUGUGUACUUUUCUCUGAAAGACAUGUAUUUUGAUAUCAGAGCAAAACCUGAAGUGGAACAGAAGUCAUCGGAAGAAAAGGCAAGUAGGGCUGACAUGUGCCCACCAGGUGUGGAUGUGCCUAGGUGGGAAGAGACUCCUCCAGCCGCCAAUGUGGCUUUGGAAAGGCUCAAGCCGGAGGAAGUGCCAAAUGAACCCUCCGCAGAAGAGGAAGCCAAGGACAAGGAUGCCGGCGAGACACAAAACAACCAAACAGCUCCUGAAAGGGCAGGGGGGUUAAACGUGACAUCAUUCCAGUGUCAUAACUGGAGUACGGCACCCACGGCGGAGGGACAGCCUUCCCUUUGGACGGGAGACACAGCCGAGAUUUCUGACAACAGCAUUUCCAGAGCAGAUGCCCAGCCUCCUAGCUGGGCCGCAGAGACGGAUGUUGGGGCGAAGGAGAAGGCGAUGCUUUAUGCAAACCUCAGAGAAACCGACCUGCUGGACUCUCUACCCACGGACGAUGCCGAGCCAGACCUGCAGCCUCAGACCCUGCCCCGGAGUGCUGCCUCAGAGCCCUGUGUGGAUUCGUCUUUGCACAUGCAGAAGGCCGCGGGAGAGCAGCCGCCGCCCUCCUUGGGAGAGCCUGAAGGGCCUUGUGAGGCUCCAGAAACUUUGCAGCCAGCAGAGUCGGCUGUCCAUAACAUCUCACACUCACCAGAUUCAGCACUUAGAGAAGAAAAUAAGCAGGAAACCGGGUACCUGACAAUAAGAGAAAGUGCUCCUGUAGAGACGGGAGAUGAAUGGUCCAAAAAGAGAGACAGUCCUAGUCCAGAGACCCAAGAAUCGAGAAUGGUAGUGGUAAGCCAGGAAAACAACCAGUACACCUCAGUGACUUCCCAGAAUCCUCCAGCUGUUUCCCUGAGCGGCAUACAACCAACUGGGCAGGACAAUCUGGUUUUGACAGAAGAUGUUGGGAGGCUUUCCCCAAGUUUUGAGAGGGAUGAAAUCCAGCACAGGAAAGCUCCAAGUCCCGAGAGGAAGGAGCUGGUCACUCCUGGAUCCCCAGCCCAGAGAGCCGACCUGGAGUCUAGGCCUUCAGACCGAUUGGACCGAGGUGUCCCACAGACUGAACCAGUAAUCGGAGAAAAGCAAGAACAGACUUCUGAGUUGCUGAGGGACAACAGUCUUGACCUGAAGAUGGAUUUGGGGCUCGAGGCUGAGAGGACUCCUGUAGUGACAGCAAGACCAUUGCUGCUCCCGGAGGUUGCUGUAGGGACUCCGGUUCCAUACCAAAAUGCUCUGGAGAAGCCACAUCCCGUUCCCACAGUGGUGGUGCCUCAGGCACGCCAUGAAUCCCAAGGGCCACCAGCUGUGCUUUCUCCAGUCAGUGAAGGCCUUGCUGAGAGGAACCAGUCUGUGGCCCAUUUGCUGAAGGAUGUCAAGAGAGAAAUGGAUGCUCGGCUCCCAGUCAAUGGAUUCUCUGUGGAGAAGGGCCAGGCCAAAGAAGGGUCCCUGUCGCCUCUGAUGGGUGAAGAAAAUGGACAACGAGGGUUGAUUCUUGGCAAGGAAGUUGGUGCUAAAGAAAGGGGAAGAACAGCCCCAGUACAGGAUUUGCCACAGCCGGAGACCGCUAUGGAGGAAGAGAAAGCGCAGAAUGCAAAUCUUGUGAGUUCCCUGAAGAAUUAUUUGCUGCUUCUCUUGAAGAUGACCACAGAGACAGAUAAGAGUAAGGGCAGCCCCAAGCAGGAAGUAAAGGCUGUGGAAGAAAGGAGUCCACUGAGUGCUAUUCCGAGGCAUCUGCCCGAAGUGGGUAUUGCUGGGUUAACUCCCAGGACAUCAAGGAAGAUCUUUGAGCGGGUGGAAACCGACCAGCUUUUCCAAAGCGCGGAGAGUCUCCAGCUGACUCCUAAGACUUCCCGGAAGAUCACAGGGAUGAUCAAUCGAGAGCUGCUUGCCUGCCAGGAGAGCCUGGGGGCCGAACCAGAGGCCCCUCCGUUGCCCUGCGUGCCGUCGAUUGUCGUGGGGAGUGCCCCUGGUGAGGCAGUCGGGCUUCCAGAUCUCUCUCCAGGGAGUCCCAGUGAGGCACCAGCAGCUCUGCCUAGUGCUACCCCUCAGGAGCUGGCAUCUGGGGCCCGCCGUAAAAUAUACCUGCCUAAAUCCAAGCCAUCCGAUGAGAUGGAAGGGGCCGUCCCAGACGGCCAGGAACGCCCCCAAAGAGAGAGCCCCACCGUGUCUCCCCAGCAGAGCCGCAAGAACGUGUCUCUCCUGCAGACCCCGUCCCCGGCUUCGUCGCCGCCUGUGGAGAGGCGCUCCCCGACCCUUGCCAGAAAGAUGGCCACGUUAGAAGUGCCCAAGAUAUACGAGGAGCCCACAGAAGAAAGCAAGGAUGUGGCUGACGGCUCCCAUGGAGCCCUCGAGGGUUUGGAAAAGACUGGGCCGGAAGGGCAAACAGGGGAAUCCCGGAAAGCAAACGACCCGUUUAAAGCCCCGCAGGUGAUUCGCAAGAUCCGAGCAGAGCAGUUCUCAGAUGCCUCCGGGAACCUGAAGCUUUGGUGCCAGUUCUUCAACAUUUUGAGUGACUCAAAGCUGACCUGGUACAAAGAUGAGAUCCCUGUGACAGAUGUCAGAAGGAGCUCCGGAGACGAAGGGCAGGCUGCCCUGGCCAUUGUGCAGGUGUCACUCAAGGACUGCGGCGUCUACCAGUGCACCAUCCAGAAUGAAUACGGCACUGAUUCCACCGACUUCCUGCUGAGCGCAGAAGUGCUGUCGGGAUUUAUCUCCAAAGAAGAAAUAGAAGUCGGUGAGGAGAUCGAGAUGACACCCAUGGUGUUCGCCAAAGGCCUGGCUGACUCUGGCUUCUGGGGAGACAAACUCUUUGGCCGGAUCAUGAUGGAGGACCUGGAAGUGGGCCCCGGUUUUCUGCGCAAAGCAUGCCGGGCCCGGGCCAUCUACGGCCUCGAGCCAGUCUUUGAGUCCGGGCACACGGGCAUUAUCAAGGUCCGCAACCUCAUCGCCUUCGGUGGGCGCAGCGAAAGCACGCUAGUCGAGAGGAACUAUGACAUCACCAUCCAGGAGUGUAAGAUCCAGAAUUCAAGCCGGGAAUAUUGCAAGAUCUUUGCUGCAGAGGCCCGUGCCAUCCCUGCCUUUGGGGCAGUGCCUGAAAUCAUCCCUCUGUACUUGAUCUACCGCCCGGCUAACAAUAUUCCCUACGCGACCAUGGAGGAGGACCUGCCUGGCAAGUUUGAGCGCUACUGUGGGCGAGCGCGAGACUCCAGCAGCCUGGCCCCAGCCAGCGCCUCCGAAGUGGGGCACAAGUGCUGCACCUUUCAGCACUGGCUGUACCAGUGGACAAACGGCAACAUUCUGGUGACGGACUUGGAAGGUGUCGGGUGGAAGAUCACCAAUGUGAGGAUUGCUACCAAGGCAAAAGGGUACCAAGGCCUGAAGGAGAGCUUCUGCCCCAACCUGCUGGAACACUUUGCGGCCUCUCAUCAGUGCAACCGCUACUGCGAGCUCCUGGCCCUGAAGAGCCUUGAAGUCCCACAGCCUCCCCCCAGAAGCAAGGGCUCCAGGAGUCCCAUCACGGGCAGGAAGGCCCCGUCGGCCCAGUCCAGCCCCCAGCUCCCGAAGAAAGGCCUGGCCAGCCCCCAGGCCCCCAGGAAAGGUUCCGUGAGCCCCAAGAGCGCCCGGAAAUGCCCCGAGACGCAGGAGGCAGCCAGGCCCCAAGCAGGGGACAGUGGCAAGGCCAGCCGGCGGCCAUAGCGGGCACGGGCCCCUUCUCCGAGGUGUGCUGCGUGGCCUGUGCUUGCCUCCCUGCCACCGCCGCGCCCACCCGUGGCCCCUUCCCUCCCGUGUGUGAGGCCUGUUUGUGGUGUUUGAGGGAGGGGAGCCACGCCCUGCUCUCGGGGUGGCUUGGGAAGGGCUCAGGGAAAAGAGAGAACCAAACAAGGACUCUGAAGGCAGCGGCUUCGUCUCUGCAAGCCCCACUCAGAGGAGCGCCCGCCACAUGCCCACAGCUCCCCCACAUGGGCCCGGAGCCCUGCUUCUUCCCGGGUGGCAUUGCUGGGCCUCCUCUGUGUGUGCUGUAGAUGCAAGAAGCUCAACUUGCACUCCAGGCCGCUCCUGGGUUGGAUGAUGUCACAGGCAGGGGCCAGGCACCCCUGUGCUUGGAUUCCUUCUGGGGGUGACAAAUUGGCCCUGUGUACCGUCGGCUCCAGCUUGGGGCGGCCUGCCUCUAGGCUCCCACGCCGGGCACUGCCUCCAAGACCCAUCGCUGUUCCCGCCAUGAUUGUGUGGGCCGUGGUCCCCGCGACCCCUUUGACCCUCCCUCGCCUGCUCCACUCAAAAGCAGGAGGAAGAGAUGUCUGGAUGGGGCCGCGGCUGAGGUGGAUCAGGCGGUGUCUGCCUGCCUUAGCACUCAGGAUCGUUCACGUGCCAAGUGCUUUUUGUGGCUGAUGAGUUUCGAAGACGUCUCGAAAGUGGUGGGGCACAGGGCUGUGAGUGCCCAUUGUAGAGGAGGCGGGGCUCUUCUUUUGAUCCUCUCCGCCCUCCCCUCCCCUCCCAAAGUGCCACUCCGUCAAUGACCUCAGCAAGACCCCGCCCCAUCCCUGUGGUGCAUUGGCCUGUCAGUCUCCCCGUGGGGUAGAAAUGUCUCUUCCUUCGCACAGAAACUUGCUUCCCGUUGCCCUCCCGUUGCCCUCCCAUGCACCCGCCCUAGCCUGCCUGCUCCCACAACCCCUCACCCAUUGCAUGCCCGUGACAGACCCUCCCUCUGCUGCCCACAUAGAGGGAGGGGCACAGCCUGCUGCCGUUGACCCGUGCACCCCACAGCCCUGCCCUAUAAGCAGCUCUUUCCCGCGUGCUGCACGGCUUCUCCUGGGCUGCGGCCAAGGGCGGCACAGUGAGAUUCUGAUGGAGGGGCAAUUUGAAAAGGAUGCUUUGGGGCAGCAGACACCAAACGCUUGUCACUGCUUUGAAUCCAGGUGUCACCAACCAGCUAAUGAUGUCCGGCAGGCAGGCAGGCAGGCUCCUCUUUGACCCCUUUGAUUCUGACUCCUCUCUUUCCAAACGGCGACGCCAGUAAAUAACACUUGUGCUUUCCCACUGCCCUCUUAGCUGUUUCGGGCGAUAUACGAGGACAUGGUCAGAGCUCACAGAGGUGCAACAGUUCAUCUUCUGAAUCUGCCUCAGACUUAUACCAUUGGUCCAUCUAGGUCAGUGCUGUCCCCACAAACCGGCACGCAGCCGCCCUCCUGGGUUUCAGGGAAGGAUCUUUCCCCCCACCAGCCAGGGAUUGAACCAGGGAUCUUCUGCAUGCAGAGCAUAGGAGCCCUUCCGAUAAGGAACUGAACGUGCAUAAAACCAUACUGAGCUGCCUUGUACCAAGUCAAGCCCUUGGCCCAGCUCGCGGUUCAGUCUCGGCUGCACGCACUGGCAGCUGCUCUGCAGAAUUUCAGACGGGGCGUCCUUCCCCUGCCGGAAUCGACCGUGUGACUGCGCUUGGUAUACUGUGUAUAGUUCUGGUCACCACACCUUAGAGAGUGUAUUGUAGAACUGGGAAAGGUGCAGAAAAGGGCUACCAGAAAUGAUCAGGGGGCUUCUCUACAGGGAAAGGCAACAUUUGGGCUUUGUUUUUAGUUUAGAAAGAAGGCAGGUAAAGGGGGACGUGAUGCAGGUGUGUAAAAUUAUGCAUUGGGUGGAUCAAGUGAGGAGAGAGUGUUCUCUCUCUCUCCCUCUCUCUCUUUCUCUCUUAAUAUUAGAACCUGGAGGUCAUCCAUUGAAGCUAAAUGCUGGUUGAUUCAGGACAGACAACAGGAAGUAGUUAAGAACCUAAGAACAGCCCAAAGCUGGAUCAGGCCCAUCCAGUCCAGUAUCCUUGUUUCCCAUAGUGGCCCACCAGAUGCCUCUGGGAAACCCACAGGCAAGAGCUGAGGGCAGGCCAUCUCUCCUGCUGUUGCUCCCGUGCAACUGGAAUUUAAAGGCAUCUUGCCUCUUAGGCUGGAGGUGGCCUAUAGCCCUCCGACUAGUAGCCAUCGAUCCUUCUUAAAGCCAUCCAGGCUGGUGGCUGUCACCACGUCUUGUGGCAGAGAAUCCCACAGGUUAUUUAUGCAUUCUGUGAAAAAGUACUUUCUUUUGUCAACCCUAAAUUUCUCAGCAAUCAGUUUCAUGGGCUGACCCCUGGUUCUGCUAUUAUGUGAGAGGGAGAGAGGAAAAUACACUUUUGUGAUUUUUCUUGUGUAAAGAAAAUUUCUCUCGUGUGAAGAAAAGUUCUUUGCACAAUAUGUAAACUAUGGAGUUUGCUGCUGCCGGAUGUGGUGAUGGCCACCGAUCGAGAUGUUUAUAAAGAGAUUAGACAAAUGCAUGGAGGUUAGGGCUAUCGCUGGCUAAAGGUAAAGUGUGCCAUCAAGUCAGUGACUCCUGGUGCCCACAGAGCCCUGUGGUUUUCUUUUGGUAGAAUACAGGAGGGGUUUGCCAUUGUCACCUCCUCUACAGUCUGAGAUGAUGCCUUUCAGCAUCUUCCUCUAUCACUGCUGCCCGAUAUAGGAGUUUCCAAAAGUCUGAGAAACAUACCAGCAGGGAUUCGAACCGGCAACCUCGGGCUUGCUAGUCAAGUCAUUUCCCCACUGUGCCAUUAGGUGGCUCAUCACUGGCUACUAGCCUGUAUAUUUUCAUCAGGGUCAGAGGGGGGAAAUGCCCCCAAACAGCAGGUGCGAGGGAACAGCCAUGGGCGGGGGCAGUUGCCCUCUUUCUUUCUUUCUCCCACUUUCCCCCGAUGUAUCUUGUUGGCUGCUGAAGCAAGAUGCUGGACUAGAUGGGGUUUGGGCCUGAUCCUGGAAGCAAGAUGCUGGACUAGAUGGGGUUUGGGCCUGAUCCUGGAAGCAAGAUGCUGGACUAGAUGGGGUUUGGGCCUGAUCCAGCAAGGCUUCUUCUUGUGUUGUUCUGUUCUCACCUGGAGAGGACAGGGGUCAAAGCCAAGACCUUCUGCAUGCCAAGCAGAAGUGUUACCACGAAGCUCCAGCUCCUCCCCUUAUUCUUUCCUUCCCAGCCGCUGGGAUUUCCUUUGCAGCCUGGCCUGCUGUGCAGCUCCAGUUCUGCCCAUGGCUUGGCACCAGUAUUCCUGCCCAGCCCAGAAUUUCUCUCUCUCUCCUUCCUCCCCCCAUUAAGACUUGAUGGUUGCAUCUAAGAUGCAGAGGAGAGUCUGGGCAGUUGGAGCAUGGAACAACAGGGAAGGAAGAAACCCACCUUGGCCGUCAGAGCUGCUGCUGAGACCCUGCCAGCGUGGCUCUGGAGGGCCAAAUGCUGACCACGAGGCUCUUUCUGAUGCAAGAACCACCCCGUGGGCUCUCUUGCAGGAACAACCCUUCCACGAGGCAAGGUGAGGUGGUCAUCUCAGGGAGCAGAUUACUGGGGCACCAGUGAGCCAGCAAGAUGCCCUCCGAUUCUGGGCGGCAGUAUAUGGCGCCCCCUCCCCAUCUCUGUCUCACAAAGACCUUUGGCUGCCAAGGCCUCUCGAUCGGACUGAUCAAGACUGAUGGCUUCUCUGGAGAGAGGUGGACUGAAUGAGAAGUAUCUUCUGGGACCAAAGAGGGUAGGACAGUCUAAUUUCUUGGCCCAAGGAAUGUUGAUGAAUGAGUACAGCCCUUUACCUGGGCCCUUUCCAGACGAGCUGCUCAACAGCAGCAAAAUGCCUCCGUUCAGGCAAGUCGCACUCAAAACGUAAACAGUAGGGGGAGCAGUCUCAUGGAAACUGACAACCCCCCAAAACAGCAACUUUCUCACACCGGAUAUACAACGUCCUAGCUCUAUAUCGCAGCGAUUAAAUCCGAAACAAGGCAUCGGAAAUGUGAACGGCACCCUGCUGUCCACGUAGGGAAUCACACUUCUGAGAUCCGGGCGUGACCCCGUUGCAGGGUCUAAUCUGGAAAGCUCCCUGCUGAGAACUGGCUUUUGAAGUUUUGGGAAAACACAAGGAAAUAACUAGUUUGGAGCAGGGGGCAAGUUUCAGCAGGAAAGGGGCACAAGGGGAAGGAGUUGAUUAAACUCUCCUUCCCCCCACACCAUGGUCCCAAGUGGGAUUGCCCAGGGCUGUUCUUUAAUAAAAAGAGGUUUGUGCCCCUUUGCCACGUGUUCCCAUGAACAUAUGGCUCGACUCUUACGAUUGGUCCUGUUUCCAGACUCUCAGCAAAACUGCAGAAUCCAGACUGGAGAGCAUUUGUCUUCCCCAGAUAAACAGGGAUGGGCAUAUUCACUCUUUUUAAAAAAGCCAAAGUCACCGAUGGAAGGGCAGCUCUGAGUGAAUGCUCAGAGACAAAAACAGACAGAGCCCCCCCAAAUACACCUUCCCCCUCCCAGUGACGGAAGGGAUUCUUUCACAAGCCCUUCUGAACUUCUCUGCAGUAAACUCUUCGUGCCCUCCUGGAAUUUCACAGGUCACAAAACUGAAAGAAGUGAGCAGUCACUGUUGUGUAACUUCCCCCCAAAAGGAAUGACCUCCUGGUACCUCUGGUGUUCGCACUGGAACAUGCAGCCCGAAAACACGUCAAGCGUUUUUACACAUACUGAGAAUUGCUGCACUCUUAGGGAAAGGCUGACCUCCGCGUGCUAUGCUGUUGCUACAUUCUGUCCAAGAACUACUUUGCAACUUGAAUUGCAAUGCACACCAUUCUACUUGCAUCACACAGACACACACGUCACACUUCUGCACACAGUUUUCCAGUAUAAACAAAUACUUUAUUGCUUGAACCGGUAGACCUGGUCCUUUGUUCAGUUGAGACGCCCUCUUUUGACCCUCUCCUUUGUGCUUAAGGUCUGGCACAGACGGUGACAUUAUAGUGGCUGCAGCACUGGCUGAGAUACAUCACCAAAGAGCUGAAAUCCACACUCCCCCAAGCGCCAGAAAAUGACUCAUUGUUGGUUGAGGUGCUGUGAAAGAGAAAAGAUACCAGAACUGUGACAUUAACAUUGCUGUCUCCUCCUAAAGGUGAAGUGUGCCAUCGAGUCAGUGUCAACUCCUGGCAAUCACAGAGCCCUGUGGUUGUCUCUGGAAGAAUACAGGAGGGGUUGACCAUUGUCACCUGCGCAGUAAGAGAUGAUGCUUUUCAGCAUCUUCUUAUAUCGCUGCUGUCCGAUAGAGGUGUUUCCCAUAGUCUGGGAAACAUACCAGCGGGGAUUCGAACUGGCAACCUCUGGCUUGCUAAUCAAGUCAUUUCCCCGCUGCACCAUUAGGUGAGGGCUCUCUAAUCUGCGUAGGCCAAAGCAGACACACAGCAGUUGCCCUGGCAAAAAGGUACCUGCCAGUAGCACAGCCACUCUGCUUCGUAGCUUUAUUGCAUGCCUCCAGCAUUAGGCAUAGGGGAUUUUGCCUGCUCUGUCCAAGGGAAGCUAGUAAGGGAUGCCAAAGCUCGGUGUGCCUGUUCUAAAAUGAAGACCACUGUGUUAUAAGGUGUUCCGGAUUAAGGACCAAUGAAGCCAAAUAAAAGGUCUUGCAAAGCUCUGACAUAGAAGGGGAGUAAUGGCAGGAGAGAGGGCACGCCCUCAACUCCUGUCUGGCUUCCAGCGGCAUCUGGUGGGCCACUGUGUGAAACAGGAUGCUGGACUAGAUGGGCCUCCAUGGGCCUGAUCCGGCAGGGCUGUUCUUAUGUUCUUAUAGAAGCCUACAUGGCCAGGGCAUUGUGUGCAAUCUGGCUUUUGAGAGAAAACUCUGGUACCUUCAGUGUCCUAAGAAUCUUCUUUCAUUUUUGAAAAGGAUGCUUUGCUAGCCAUUGUGGUUGAAGAGAACACCUGAAAUGCCACUUGGGCUGUCUCUAACAUUGACAAGUUCACCCCGUGAGAAUACACAUAUGGGCAAGAUAGUAGGAUGAUGACUUGUCCAUGGUGUGAUGCUUAGAAGGUUGGGCUAGAACCGGCAAGACCCAAGUUCAAAUCCCCAUUCAGCCAUGAAGCUCACUGGAUGACUCUAGGCCAGUCACUUCUUUCUCUGCCUAACCUACCUCACAGGGUUGUUGUGAGGAGAAACAUAACCAUGUACUAUGCUCUGGGCUCCUUGCAGGAAGAGUGAGAUAUAAAUGUAAAAUAAGAUGAAACAGUCUUGGGAGGAAGUUCUUACAUUCAAACUGAAACUAGGGAUGUGCACAGAACCACGGAGGCGUGGUCCGGCACUGGGGGAAGUGUGUCUUUAAGGGCGGGGGGUAGUACUUACCCCCCGCUGCUCGCACUGCAUACAUCAUUGCGGGUCCUUACUAUUGAUGGGAGACUGUGCAUCAUGUUGGCCAUCCUUUGCAAUCCCAUUUUGAGGGAUGGUUGUCUGAUUACAGAAGGGGGGAAAGUGAAAGGAGAGCUGGUCUUGUGGUAGCAAGCAUCCCCUUUGCUAAGCAGGGUCCACUCUGGUUUGCAUUUGAAUGGGAGGCUAUAUGUGAGCACUGUGAGAUAUUCCCCUCAGGGGAUGGGGCUGCUCUGGGAAGAGCGCAUGCAUGCUUUAGAAGGUUCCAGGUUGCCUCCCUGGCAUCUCCAAGAUAGGACUGAGAGAGACUCCUGGCUGCAACCUUGGAGAAGUCGCUGCCAGUCUGGGUAGACAACACUGAACUAGAUGGACUGAUGGUCUGACUCUGAUGUUCCUAUGAACACCUCCGGAAUGAAUGUAAAUAGGAAAUGCUGUGAUGCAGAUUAUUUGUGUAGUGGAAUACCAAAUGCACCACUGUAUGUCAUCCAGUGCCUGACAAAUCACCCUGCCAUGUUUCUUUGUGGGAAAUUAACUAUCAGCUGUACGUUUGCUGAAUCAUUUGAAGCAGUCAGCAGUUUUAGGACUCCCAAUAAACAUUUUUUGAAGGAAAA